AUGUAUGAAGCAAACUACUCUGCAGUGUCUCAAUUUGUAUUGCUCGGACUUUCUGCCUCUAGGCCAGUGCAGUAUUUCCUCCUUGUCUUCUCUACAGUGUUUUACAUAACCAUUUUUCUGGGAAAUCUCCUUGUUGUGCUUACUGUGACAUUUGAUCCUCAUCUACAUUCCCCCAUGUACUUCCUUUUAGCCAAUCUCUCAUUUAUUGAUUUCUGUCUGUCUUCUGCAACUGUUCCCAAGAUGAUUUCUAACCUUACUUCCCGACAGAAGACCAUAUCCUUCCCAGGAUGUAUCAUGCAGAUAUUUGUCCUGCAUCUGAUGGGUGGGUCUGAGAUGGUGCUGCUCAUCGCCAUGGCCUUGGACAGAUAUGUGGCCAUAUGUAAGCCCCUGCACUACAUGACCAUCAUGAACCCAUGCAUGUGCAUUUUCCUUUUGUCUGCUGCUUGGAUCAUAGGCCUCACACACUCUGUAGUCCAGUUGGCUUUUGUUGUCCAUUUGCCUUUCUGCGGUCCUAACGAAAUAGAUAGUUUUUACUGUGACCUUCCUUGGUUUAUCAAACUUUCUUGCAUGGAUACAUAUAAAAUGGAAUUUAUGGUGACUGCCAACAGUGGGUUCAUUUCCAUGGGAACUUUCUUCCUACUGAUUAUGUCCUAUAUCUACAUCCUGUUCACUGUGUGGAAAAGUUCUCCAGCUGGUUUGUCCAAGGCCCUGUCUACUCUGUCAGCUCAUAUCACUGUGGUGAUUUUAUUCUUUGGCCCAUGCAUGUUUAUAUACAUAUGGCCAUUUCCCACGGUGCCAGUGGAUAAAUUUCUUGCCAUUUUGGAUUUUUUGAUUACUCCCAUUUUGAAUCCUGCCAUUUACACAUUGAGAAACAAAGAUAUGAAGUCAUCAAUGAAGAGACUGAGCAGUUACUUAUUGAGUUUGAGGAGCUCUCCUAAGUAG